AAAAAUAAAAGAAUCAGUCCAACUGUCGAACAAAGCUCGUUCCGCUAAAAAAGAAAUUCCCUCCGACUUUCCACAAACUAGAAACAGAAAAAAACCCCCAAAUUGGAUUCCACCAAUAAAAGAAACCCUAGAAUUCGAAAUUUCUUGCAGUUAGAGAGAGACAGAGAGAGAAAAUAGAGCGAUUAAGAAAGCGUGGAGUGGCGAUCUUCUGGUCGUCCAUUCGAAGGUCGCCGAAAUGCGCCUAUUCACCGGCAAUUCGCCUUCAGUUUUCAUCAUCGCCGUUUUCCUCACCGCCUUUCUCAUCCCCGCCGCCCGAUCCGAGCCUAGUCUGCUCAAGCUUCCGUCCGAUCAGCCAGAAAAUGACAUCUGCCCGCCGAGUUGGGAAGCGGAUAUGUGCCCGGUGAAAUGCUUCCGGCCAGACCCGGUUUGCGGGGUGGAUGGCGUGACCUACUGGUGCGGGUGUGCGGAGGCCCAGUGUGCGGGAGCGCGUGUCAAGAAAUCCGGGUAUUGUGAAGUGGGCAAUGGCGGGUCGGGCCCUGCGGGUCAGGCUCUUCUGUUGGUUCACAUCAUAUGGCUGAUAUUGCUCGGGGUAUUCGUAUUGUUUGGGCUGCUUUGAUCGGAGGAACAUUUCUUACAUCUCAAUUGAGGUUAGAAUUCGAUUUAUAUUGUAUGUCAUGUACUGAUAUUUGUUGUAAUUCUUUGUAGUGGAGGAUGACUCACAUUCUUUUUCUAUAUAAAUAUUCUUGUGGUUUAUGAA